CAAGUUUGAGCUCCGUCCUGUGCGCACCAUGACUCAAAUCCUAUUGCCGAUCGCGUUGCUCUGUCUGUUCGCAGCAUCAACCCUCAGCAAUCCCCUGCUCGUGGAGUUGCCAAAUGGAGAACUGCGGGGACGCGACAAUGGAUUAUAUUACAGCUACGAGUCAAUACCUUAUGCCGAGCCACCUAUCGAUGAUCUGUGCUUGGAAGAACCUCGUCCCUACACCGAAAGAUGGGAAAAUACCUUUGACGCGACUCGGCCCCCAGUAGAGUGCCUGCAGUGGAGUCAACUCAUUUCACAGCCAAAUAAACUGACGGGAAGCGAGGACUGUCUGACCGUCAGCAUAUACAAGCCAAAGAAUCUGACUCGCUCCUCCUUUCCGGUAGUGGCGCAUAUAUUUGGCGGUGGCUGGUCGUUUGGUGGUGCGAUCGAUGACGGAGUCGAGCCCUUCAUGAACAGCGGCAAUGUGAUCGUGGUGAAGAUCAACCACAGAGUGGGAGCGCUUGGUUUUUUGAGCACUGGCGAUUCUGUGAUUCCGGGCAACUUCGGACUAAAGGAUCAGCGUCUGGCAAUCAAAUGGAUCAGGAACAACAUAGCACGCUUUGGCGGGGAUCCACAUAAUAUAAUUCUUCUCGGUUUCGGUACAGGCGGCUCCUCGGUGCAUUUGCAGCUUAUGCACAAGGAUAUGGAGCAGCUGGUGAAGGGGGCCAUCUCCAUUAGUGGAACUGCAACGGUUCCCUGGGCUGUACAGGCCAAUGCACGUGAUCUAGCAUUCCGAUAUGGCAAACUCUUGGGUUGUAAUAACCCCAAAACGUCACGGGAGCUGAAAGAUUGCCUGAAAAAAACCGAUGCUGAAGAAUUCGUCAGCACCUUAAGGCAUCUUCAGGUGUUUGACUAUGUGCCUUUUGGUCCGUUUGGCCCAGUCGUAGAGUCCCCCGAAGUGGAUAGCCCAUUCCUCACCGAGCUGCCCCUCGACACCAUCAGAAGUGGAAACUUUGCUCAAGUGCCUUGGUUGGCCAGCUACACACCUGAGAAUGGUAUCUAUAACGCCGCUCUUCUUUUAGCUAAGGACGCCAAUGGUAAGGAGAGGAUUGAAGAGUUGAACACUCGCUGGAACGAACUGGCUCCAUACUUCUUGGCUUACCCAUACACAUUGAAGAGGACUGAAAUGAAUGCUCAUUCUCAGAAACUGAAACAUCAAUAUCUAGGAUAUAAGAACUUCAGCGUCGAAAACUAUUUCGAUGUGCAACGCUUGUUUACAAACGAGUUGUUCAAAAAAGGCAUCGAACUGUCAUUAGAUGCACAUCGUAAGCACGGAACCAGCCCCGUCUAUGCGUACGUCUAUGACAACCCCGCGGAUAAUUCGCUGGCACAAUUCCUGUCCAAGAGAUCUGAUAUAUUCUUGGGCACCGGAAUGGGCGACGAUUACUAUCUCUUGAUGAACAAUCCACUGCGUGAACCGCUGCGAGCUGACGAGAAAAUCGUUUCAUGGAAGCUAGUCAAGAUGGUGGAAGAUUUUGCCGCGCACGAGACCUUGGUCUAUGACGACUGUGUGUUCCCAAGCAAUUUGGGCAAAAAGAAAUUCCAGUUGGUGGUCAUAGGACGCAACUAUUGCAAGCAACUGGAAGUGGAUCGUUUGCCCGACACGGUGUCCAACAAUCUGCCACCAAAUCCAAUUGUAAUUUACUGAGCCGAUCUCUAUGAAGCGAUCACAUUAAUAGUCGAUGGGUGUAAAUUUGUAUAAAUGUAUAUGUGGGUACUGUAAUCUUUGGCAAAUAAAUCAUGGCAU